AUGUCCCAACGAAUACAUGGUCCAUGUUUAGUAUGUGGUUCAUCUGCUGUUGGUAUUAAUUUUACCGUACCAACAUGUGCACCAUGUAAAGCAUUUUUUCGAAGAAAUGCAGUCAAACUCGGUAGAAUUGAUUUUGUUUGUCAAAAAGAUGGUGAUUGUCCGGUGACAGAGUCAUAUCGUCGUAUCUGUAAUUGUUGUCGAUUAGCAAAAUGUUUUCGUGUUGGAAUGAAAAAAUCAUUAAUUCGGUCAGAUGCUGAAAAAGAAGCAAGAAGACAAUUGGUUCUACAAAAUCGUCAAAAACGAACAGAAUUAGAAUCGCACAAACAGUUAGAAGUGAUUCGACCACCAAAUUUAUUAGUUUCAACAUUUAGCCAUUCAAAUUUUUUAUCACCGUCAGAUCAAACACUUCUUACUAAUAUUUAUAGUGCAUAUGAACGAACGUAUUUAGCAACGAGCAGUAAAGAACAUCCAUAUUUUCCUUCUGAACUACAUUCGUCUGUACAUGCACUUUUCAAUGAAUAUAGUAAACGACAUAUGUCAUUAAUUGAAUUUUUCAAACUUAUUCCAGAAAUUAAUAGAAUAUCACUCAAUGAUAGAAUACGUUUAAUAAAAAAUCAUUUUGGUACAAUGUUUACUAUUAAUGAAUCAAUUAGUAAAGUGAAUGAACAUAGUACUCUAUUAACAUUUAAAAAUGUUUUUGGUACUGACAUUGCCAUGGAUCUUUAUCGAUGUUUUGGAUUAAAACAAGCUUAUAGCCAUGAUCCAUUAUUGACUAAACUUCUAUUAAUUGUUCGUAGUUUAUCAUGUAGUAUUAGUAGAAAUCGGUACGAUAGAGAUAUGAAUCGUGUUUAUGAUGAUACUCGAACUAUAUUUUCUGUCCAAAAUGUUUAUGUUGAACUACUAUGGAAAUAUAUAUUAUCACGUUUACCAUCAGAACGAGAUGCAAUUAAGCUUUUCAACAAAAUUGUUAUGGAUCUUAUAUUUAUAGUUCGUGUAUGUUUUAUAGUCGAUAGUUUUGUGUAUAAUAUGCCUGAUGAAAUAGAGCAAAUGAAUUCAUUAAUGCAAAAAAUGGCACAUAAAAGUCAUGGACAAUGUUUAGUAUGUGAUGAUGUUGCAAUUGGUAUCAAUUUUGGUGUACCAACUUGUAUGCCAUGUAAAGCUUUCUUUCGACGAAAUGCAGUAAGACUUGGUAUACAACAAUUUGUAUGUAUGAAUGAUGGCGAUUGUUUAAUAUCAUAUAAAUAUCGUCGUUCGUGUAAUUGUUGUCGUUUGGCAAAAUGUUUUCGUGUUGGAAUGAAGAAAUCAUUGAUAUUAUCAGAUGAAGAACGAGAAGCUCGAAAUAAACUUGUUGAAAUGAAUCGAUUAAAACGUGGAAAACUACCUAAACGAGAAUGCGCCAAAUGGAUGCUACCACCAACCUUACAUAUGAUAACCAAUACUUCAAUUCGAUAUCUUUCUGCGUACGAUGAAGCUACUCUUUCAAAUAUUUACAAUGCUUAUGCAAACACGUGUACAGUUGCAAAAAACGCUCUGUCAAAAACUCUACCUGCUGCUCAAUGCACAUCUUUACAUGAAUAUAUAAACGAACUUUCUAUUGAAUUUCAAAGCUGCAUUGAAUUUCUUAAAUGUAUACCAGAAUUUACUCGUAUUACUACGGAUGAUAAAUUACGUUUAAUAAAAAACCAUUUUAGUAUCUUAGUUAAUGUUAAUGGACCUAUGAUACAACCAGUACCAUUAAAUAGGCUUGUUAUAACAUGGACGAAUGUUUUUGGUAUUGAUAUAACUCAACGUCUUUUAAAAUCUAAUCAAUUACUUGAGCCAUAUAUAUAUGAUCCAUUUGUGCUGAAGAUUCUGCUCAUCAUUCUUGCACUUUCCAGUAGUAAUGGUAGAAAUCUUGACAAUGUAGAUAUAGAUCAAAUUUGUGAUGAUUCAUUAACCAUAUUUGCUGCUCAAAAUAUCUAUGUAGAAUUAUUAUGGAAAUAUCUUCUCUCACGUUCUGCAAGUGAACAAAAUGCAGUAAGGUUCUUCAAUAAAUUAAUGAUGUGUAUAUUAUAUGUAAAAAAUCUCGAUAUGGAUAUAGAUGUUUAUGUACGUAGUUUAGCACAUGAAAUUCAACAAGCGGAUCCUAUUAUGCAAAGCAUGUGGUCAAGAACAGCUGAAGUAGAGGAAAUUACCGAUAUGAAUGUUGCAGAAAAUAUUACUAUUUAA